UAAUGAUGAAGGAGGAGGAUGCUAAGAGAACAGCCAGCAGGAGAGAGGUGACUAGAGAAAUGUGAUCUAGCUGUCCUCCGUGCAGAAAAGAUUAGCUACAGACCAAAACAGGGCCAGGCUGGGCAGGUGCUCACUUUCAGGCUCAGGAGAAACAAAUGAGCCAAAGGCUUUCUCUGUAGGCAUCAGGACUGCAGAGGAAUGAAAGAGGAGGAAAGGAGUCAUUUUAUGGCCCAAUUACAGAACUAGGAAAUUCAGGAGUCAACCUAGAUCGUCUCGGGGAUUCAGGGACGAUGAAGUUGGAGGAAAAGCUUGAGCACAGUGAGAGCCUUGUGGGAAGGAGUCAGCCAUGUCUACAUGACACGCAUCAGGCAAAUGGAAAACCGAGAGCAAACGGGAAAGCAGAGGUCUAUGAAAAGCAGGAGGCAAAUGGCAAGGGAGGCAGCCUCAGGAAAUGUCUCAACCUGUACACCUGGCAGGAGGUCCAGAAACACAAUAAGGAGGCCGACCAGUGGCUGGUGAUUGAUCGCAAGGUUUACAAUGUGACUGACUGGGCCGGCAAGCAUCCAGGUGGCCAUCGGGUCCUCAACCACUAUGCUGGGGAAGAUGCUACGGAUGCCUUCCGGGCCAUGCACCUAGAUCUCAGCAUUGUGCAGCUGUACCUUAAGCCACUGCUCAUUGGAGAACUUUCUCCAGAAGAACCCAGCCAGGAGAAAAACAAAAAUCCACAGUUGGUGGAAGAUUUCCGUGAAUUGCGCAAGACAUUAGAGACCAUGAAUAUGUUCAGUGCCAACCUGGGGUUCUUCUUUCUCCACCUUGCACAGAUCUUGGUUUUGGAAGUCUUAGCAUGGCUGAUACUACGUCAUUUUGGCACUGGCUGGACUGUUACGAUACUCGUUUCUUUUCUUCUUACGGUUUCUCAGGCUCAAAGUUCAUUUUUACAACAUGACAUAGGACACCUUUCCAUGUUUAAGACGUCCAAGUGGAACCACCUGAUGCACAAAUUUGUAAUGUGUCACCUCAAGGGCCUGUCAGCUGACUGGUGGAAUUAUCGACACUUCCAGCAUCAUGUAAAACCAAACAUCUACCCCAAGGAUCCAGACAUUGAUGUGGGCCCACUUUUCCUGCUUGGAGAUACUCAGCCUGUUAAGUACGGCAAGAAGAAAAUAAAAUACAUUGACUAUGAGAAGCAGCACCUGUACUUCUACAUGGUUGCACUUCCCCUCCUCAUGCCUGUCUACUUCAAUCUCCAAUCCAUGCAAGUGAUGUACCUUCGGAAGUACUGGACGGACAUCGCUUGGGUCAGCAGCUUUUACAUUCGAUAUUUCAUCACAUUUGGCCCUUUCUAUGGAAUUUUUGGAACAGUAUUGCUCAUAUAUUUGGUCAAGUUUAUUGAGAGCCCCUGGAUUGCCUAUGUUACCCAGAUGAGCCACAUCCCAAUGAAAAUGAGCAGAGAAGAGAACCAUGAUUGGCUCAGCACUCAGAUUGUGGCCACCUGUAAUAUUGAACAGUCCUUUUUCAAUGAUUGGUUCACUGGGCACUUGAACUUCCAAAUUGAACACCACCUAUUCCCCACAAUGCCACGCCAUAAUUAUCACAAAGUGGCACCUCUGGUGAAGUCACUGUGUGCCAAGCAUGGAUUGCAGUAUAUAAACAAGCCCAUAUUGAAGGCAUUUGGAGAUAUUGUCAGGUCCUUGAAGAAGUCUGCUGCCCUCUGGAUGGAUGCUUAUUAUGAAUGAUGCAGAGCCAUGCAUUUAUUGGUAUCUCUGAAGGGGGUGGUGGCUGUGCAAGAGCUCUUCUCUUAUUCACUGAGAAUUAACUGGCAACAUUGGCAUACCUGAGUAUGCCAGGAAUAUGAAUCCCGAAGACACAUGUUAGCCUCUCACUGAAAGUCUUCUCUGUAACUGAGAGGAGGAAGAAACACAAGGUGACUUUGUCAGAAUAACAAAAGGGAAAUUGUAGCUCACCGUUUCUACUUUUUCAUUAGAAUCUUGGACUUAGUUCCACUAGACCUCAGCGAGAUUGUUUCCACAAGGGGUAUAAGAUAUGUGGGCAUAAACAGAAGUGAGAAAAGAAAGAUCUCUGACAGAGUCCACUGGAAAUCAGUGUAACUAUUCUUAUAAGAGAAUUGUGUAUUUAAGACAUCCCUGCUGAAGAACAAAUUUUUGCUUACUUCCUUUCAAAUGGGUGAACUUCCUCUCCAAAAAUUGAUUAUAAUUAACAUUAAAACAUCUUCAAAUGUUUGUCUUCA